UUUUUGGCAUGAUAACGUAUGUGUAAUGGUUGACUGGAUGGUAAUGGAGUUAUUUGUAUGAGAUGAAUGAAAAAAAUAAGGGUGGAAUAAUGUCGAGAACGAUAGUGGAAUAUCCGAAACAUUUAGCGAAUAUAUCAUAUUUACGGAAUGGAUUCAUGGAGGAGGAUGGCGAUGAUGAAUUAUUCGAUUGUUGCAACUGUAUAAGAACAAGUUUUGGUAAUAUUGGACCUUAUACUGUUCGAUUGUUUUUCUGUUCAAAACCGGGUCUCAUAAUGGUUUUCCUCUUUUCAUUAUUAACAUUAUAUUUGAUAUAUUCAAACUGGAAUAGCAGCGCAGUCCUGCAGACAGAUGUGGCCUCAACAGUAGCUCCAAGUAACCAAUCACGGGCGCAUAAAAUUUUGCUAGAUUUAUGUAAAGCUUAUGCGGAACAAAAAGUGAGCGGUGAUUUGUGUAACCGUUUAUGUUAUCAUAAAAAAUGGAAUAUUUUGGAUAUUUAUGAAGGAAAUAAAAUUGUUAUCACGAUCAAAGAUGGUGGACAAGAGAUUAUACUUAAAAGUCAGCAUUCGCAUAUUGAUGAAUUUGAACAUUUGGAUCCACGAGUUAAUGAAAGCCUCUUUUUUGAUGCUAUCCUUGGUACAGUUAAUUAUAACUUGAGGUUAGGUUGGCCCUCACAUUAUAAACAUCAUCUGAUUGAAAUUCUUUGGCCGAUGUAUGUUCGCAAAGGACGUGAUUCAUUAUCCGAAGCUGAUCGUCGGAGUUUAUGGGCACUUCUUUCCCAAGAUGAAUAUAUUACUUUCAAGGUUCUACCCCUUACUCGUGUUACACCGAAGAUCAUUGGUACAUGCGGACAUUUCUACCAGGUAGAAACAUUGGUUCCAUUCCAUAUGAAAGGUUAUUAUAUGAAUUUGAAAGCUAAAAUAUUAUUUCAUCUGAUGGGAACUUUGAAAUUGUUCGAUGAAUUUUUGAACGAGCCAUUAGAGUGGUGUGAUAUAAAAUUUGAUAAUCUUGGACUUGCUGCUGAUUAUCCGAAAAGAUUCAUGAUAAUGGACGCAGAUAUGCUGUAUACUAAAUCACGUCUUAAUGCCAUACUGACUAAUCGAGUGUGCAAGCAGGAUACGGAUUGCCAUUAUUUUGAUUGCCAUGCUAAAUGCAAUAAUGGAACGGGAUUCUGUACCGAUCGGACAAAUAGUAAUUUAGAAGUAUUUUGCGACAAGCUCAUUUACCAGUUGUAUGGUAAAUUUUGGACAAAAUCGAAUCGCUACCUGGCUGCAUGCCGUGAUACAUCACUGACAUUCGAGCAGCGAAUCGCUGAUUUGCGAUUACUAUGGUCGUGGAAUUUUUCUGAUGUGUAAUUUUGCUUCUCAUGGUUAGGACCAUUUGAUUAAUUUUUUUAAAUUGUUAAGCAAAUCAAUACAUGUUAAACAAAUCCUUGUAUCUGUGAACUAAUCAUAUAAGUUCCUUAUCUUCAUCUCAAAUUUUGAGCUUUCUCUUUUAGAAGUACAAGAUGUUGAGGUUUUCUCAGGCAUCUCUAGCUCCCACUCUUCCUGUUAUAUUCGUAUUUUUCUCCAAGAAUGUU